CUGCUUCAACACGUUCAGCGGAAGAAAACGCCGACUGUUUGUGGAGUAGUUUUGGGUCUGUCGUAGUGUUACCGCUUUAAACGUGCACGUUAUGUAUGUUUUCGCUAUGUUUCUGAAGCCGUGGUUAUAAUCAUGGCGUUUCCGCAGCCGCGUCCUCAAGCGCCUCAGUUGCCGCAGCAUCUUUUGCGGACCAUAGAGUGUCAACAGGGCGCCGUGAGAGCUGUGCGCUUCAACGCUGAUGGGAACUACGUGCUGACCUGCGGGGGUGAUAAGUCUCUGAAGCUGUGGAGUGCGAGUCGAGGGACUCCGCUGAAGACUUACACCGGUCACGGGUAUGAAGUGCUGGACGUGGACAGUUCUUAUGACAACAGUCAGCUGUGCUCCUGCAGCUCGGAUAAAACGGUCAUCCUCUGGGAUGUGGCGUCUGGUCAGGUGACGCGCAAACUUCGCGGACACGCCGGGAAAGUAAACUGCGUGCAGUUUAACGAGGAGGCCACUGUGAUGCUGUCAGGCUCCAUUGACGGGACCGUACGGUGUUGGGACGUUAGAUCCAGGCGGAUGGAGCCGAUCCAGAUCCUGGACGAGGCUCGAGAUGGGAUCAGCAGCCUGAAGGUUUCAGAGCACGAGCUUUUGACUGGGUCCGUGGACGGAAGAGUGAGAAGAUACGAUCUACGAAUGGGGCAGCUUCAUGUCGAUUUUAUUGGGAGUCCCAUCACGUGUGUGUGUUUCAGUCGGGACGGUCAGUGCACACUGAGCUCUAGUUUGGACUCCAUGGUGCGCCUGCUGGACAAAAGCUCAGGAGAUAUGCUGGGAGAGUACUCUGGUCAUGUCAAUAAAGGCUACAAGCUCGACUGCUGUCUGUCUGAUAAAGACACGCACGUUCUGAGCUGUUCGGAAGAUGGACAUGUUUACUUCUGGGAUCUGGUGGAGGGCUCCCUGACUUUAAAGAUGCCCAUCGGGAAAGCUGUCGUCCAAUCACUGUCCUUCCACCCAACGGAGCCCCGCCUUUUGACCGCUAUGGAGGGGCGUGUUCAGGUGUGGGGGGCGGGGCCAGAGGAUGCAGCUGUGGAGGACAGCUGAGUAGUGCGUUGAAAAAACAUAAGCAGGACUCGCUGAAGACGAAAUGUGAAUCGCCACUUUGUAUCGAUUUGAUUUGUUAUGUUUUGUAUGUAAUAAAAUAUAUCGUUUGUUAUCAUUUUAA